AUGUCGGAAGUGAUACAAACAGUUUUGGGUGAAGUUAAUCCGGAAACAGUUGGAAAUAUUUUAACACACGAACACAUGCAUAUAGAUUAUAGAAAAUUUUUUAUACCACCCCCGAAUACAAUAAAAGAUUAUUUCGAGGGUGAAAUAAAUCUUAAAAAUAUCGGUUUCAUUCAACGUUACCCGUAUUCGAAUGAUAGUAAUUUAUCAUUUUUCACGGAGGAUUUAAAAAAUGCCGUCGUUGAUGAUUUGAAAAUAUAUAAACGAUUGGGCGGAAGUUUAAUUGUCGAAAAUACAAAUCACGGUAUAAAUAGAAAUGUUGAAUAUUUAAAAUAUGUUUCUGAACAAACUGGAAUUCACGUCGUUUCCGGAACUGGUUUUUAUUUGGAAUCCGUACAAUCGAAUUCGACAUUGAAUAAAAAUAUCGAAGAAUUAUGCGAUGUCAUGAUUGAGGAUUUGAUAAAAGGAUGCCCGGAAAUGGAUGAUGUUAAAUGUGGUAUGAUUGGAGAAGUUGCAAGUAAUUAUCCGAUAUCAGAUUUCGAAUUGAGAUCAAUUAAAGCAACUGGAAUCGUGCAAGAAGAAUUAAAAUGCCCGGUUACAUUUCAUCCAGGACGUGAUAAAAAUGGUCCUUUUGAAAUUAUGAGAUAUUAUACGGAAUCAGGAGGGGAUGGAAGGAAAGCAAUCAUGUCGCAUUUAGAUAGAACGUUAGAAAUUCCAGAUUUGAUUGAUUUUUCAAAUGAAUACAAAUGUUUUUUACAACAUGAUUUAUUCGGAACGGAAGUACUCACUUAUCAGUUAUCACCCUCUUAUCAAAUGCCUUCGGAUUAUGAUAGAUUAAAAAGGAUUAAAUAUUUAAUUGAAGAAGAAAAAUUAUUGGAUAGGAUUUUAAUGUCUCAUGAUAUACAUACGAAACAUAGAUUGGUUAAUUACGGGGGUCACGGAUAUUUUCACAUAUUAUCAAACGUGAUUCCAAAAAUGAAAUUAUUAAAUUUUACUGGAGAAGAAAUUGAUAAAAUAAUAAAUAUAAAUCCGAAAAAUUGGUUAAAAUGGAAAAAUCCAAAAUGA